AUGGGGCUGGGUGGCUGGGCUGCUAAAGUAUUUAUCGGUGUUUGUAUAUUCUGGUCGAUGUGCUGUGAGAUUUCAGCACUCGUCGUCAUUAGGGAGAAUAUCACUGUCACCUACAAGCGACACCUACUUGCCGUUGAUUCUCUUGCAGCCAUUGGUUUUGGAAAAAAAAUGGGUGAGUUUGAGCAUGAUAUAGUUGUCCAUAGUGGUAUAAAUGUAGCAUCUGAGGUUGAAAAUGUGGAUACAGAUGCUGCAAAUGUUCAGUUUAAGGUUAGAAAUGUGGAAACUGAUGUGGGAGAUAAUGAUAAGGAGGACGAUGUAUAUGGUUUUAAUUCUGAGGAUGAUGAUUGGAGAGGCGAGGAUUAUCAAUCUGGGAAUGAAGGUGGUAGGAGUAGUAGUGAUUCUGAUGAUGUAGAGUAUAUGAAGGGUGAUAACAAGCGAAAGAGGAAAUCCAAAGUGUACGAUACAUCUGAAUAUGAGACUAAGUUUCAUGUUGAGAAUGGUGGAAACUCUGACUGGGAUUUCUGUUGCAAUGAAGGACCAACAACAUCACAAACAGCUGGAUCACAAAGUAAUUCUACUACCUCACAGGCAACUUCCCAAGUAAACACAGUUGAAAAUUCGACUUCAAUAGAGGGAGGAGUAAGGGGAUGUGGCGGGGGGGCUCAAUCAGCUAGAGUUUAG